AUGACAUCCAAGAGGAAUACUGUGCAUUCUCCCUCUAUUCAGUUGCUGCUUCAAGCUGUCCUGACUGCCUCAGCCAAGGGGAAGACGCAAUUUGUCCUCAUGGCACCGAGAGCAUCCACAACUACCCUUGGAACGGGGUGCGAAGAACUAGACGACCCCGUCUACGGAACACCAAGAAGCUCCCUGGACCCCAUGGAGGUCACAGCAGUGCUGCCCAUAGCCAGCAGUCCUGGGAUACACUCCUCCCAAAUCCCGGGACUCGCCUCUGGAAGGAAUCGAUGGGCAGCACCAGUCAACAACAUCGACAGGGACGACUCGUUGAACGAACCUCCCCCAAUGGCGCAAACAUCGGAGAAACGUUUACGGCAAGAGGAUACUCCAUCACAAGCUCCCCCAAAGGGACCACGAAUCGAGUACUCGACGACAGCAGGUCAAGAACCCUCCCCAACUCCACCAGAAGUUCGUCAGUUGAGUGAGUCUCCACUGGCUACUCCAGACGUGACUGAGGUCACUACCAGCCCCCGCGCGGUGGCGAUGGAUGAGCAGCCAGAGAAACCCACCAUCGAUCCCGACCUCUAUGGAUAUCUCCUUUCUUCAAAGAAUGAUGUCGAGGAACAAGUAUACGAGGGGACUCUAAGCUCAACUGACAAUCUCGUAGGUCUCGAUGCUGGCAUGGAGACCAGCGAUCAAGAGCUAUCCUUCGUCAUCGAAGCCUGA